AUCUGCAGGUAAGAAAUGGGAGCAAUGAAAUAGAGAGAGACUAGACUGCACUAUAGUAGUCUAUCGUUAUUAUCCCCGAUGGAGUAAAUGUCUUUGCAGCAUGUAGCCUGUAGACAUCAUGUAGACUAGGUUAGUAAAGGGUUGUAACACCCCGUUCCAACAUAUUAUAGAUAUGCUACAUGUCAUAGCUGUAAUAUUCCUCAUCAAUGGAUAAUAAUAUGCUGAUGUAAAAUAGCACCAGCAUCAUCAGAGGAAGUUACCUUUGACUUAAUGGUCAUAUGAUUCACCUAUUUGUGUGUGCAUGUGUGUGCGUGUGUGUUUUCCAGCUAUGACAGCUGUAGGCUAUACCAGCAGCCUGACCAGACAAUGUUGACUACAGGUUACAGUACAGUCUUAACACAGUGAAAAGACAGAUGAUAUUUCAUUAAAGAAGAGGAACACAAUCCCUGGGUUAUGGGAGGGGUAGUAGAAGUGUAUACUGAGAGUUAACUGUGAGAAUUGGUGCCCAAAGGACAGGUCCUAGAUCAGACAGUUUAAUACAUAGUGAUUGUGUAAAUAAGAGGAGAAUGUAUGUGUUUUGUUGUGUGGGGGAUGGAGUCGUAGAAGUCCAUGAUAAAAAAAGUCUCCUUUGUUUUGGAAAAGCUCUGAAAAAAAGAGUGCUCUUAGAAUGCACAGAGUAACAAUCACAGCCAGACUAUUUGGCACUAUUUUCUAUUUCCUUUGCCUUGUGUGUGACAUUCAGCUUGAUUUGUCAAGUCUGGUUGUGUUUAUGUGGCCAAAUCGACUGUAUCCAUUUCCGAAAUACAGUCAGCUCCAAAAGUAUUGGGACAGUGAGACAUUCUUUGUUUUUGUCUUGGCGCUGUACUCCAACACUUUGGAUUUGAAAUGAUACAAUGUUAAAGUGCAGACUCUCAGCUUUAAUUUGAGGGUAUUUUCAUCCAUAUCGGGUGAACCAUUAAGACAUUACAGCACGUUUUGUACAUAGUCACCCCCAUUUUAGGGGACCAAAAGUAUUGGGACAAAUUCACCUAUAUGUUUAUUAAGGUAGUUAAACUCAAAAGUGUAAUAUUUGGUCCCAUAUUCUUAACAUGCAAUGGCUACGUCAAGCUUGUGACUCUACAAAUUUGUCAGAUGCCUUGGCUGUUUGUUUUGGUUGUGUUUCAGAUAAUUUUUUGCCCAAUAAAAAAUAAUUGUAACUAAUGUAUUGUGUCAUUUUGGAGUCAGUUUUAUUGUAAAUAAGAAUAUAAUAUGUGGAUGCUACCCUGAUUACGGAUAGUCCUGAAUAAAUCGUGAAUAAUUAUUAGUGACAAAGUAACAGACGCACAAAUAUCAUACCCUCCAGUGUUGUUGUAAUGGUGUGAGGUUAGCAUGUCUUGGGGGUGAUGAUAUUUAGGCUACAUGCCAAGGCAUGGCUGUCUCUAUCUGUGUAGGCAGAGGGAGGGUUCGGAGACCAAUGCAGCCCAGGAGCUAUCCAGAAAACACGCACACGCGCACGCGCACAAACGCACACACGGCUUCUCUUGUUGUUUGAUUGGCUCCUGGUUUGACCCCUGUCAUUGGUUGGUUCAUCUUGGUUUGACCCCUGUCAUUGGUUGGUUCAUAUUGGUUUGACCCCUGUCAUUGGUUGGUUCAUAUUGGUUUGACCCCUGUCAUUGGUUGGUUCAUCUUGGUUUGACCCCUGUCAUUGGUUGGUUCAUCUUGGUUUGACCGCUGUCAUUGACUCAACUUUUCGUGACCCUUUUCAUUGCCUUACCUCCCUUAUCCUACCUCAUUUGCACACACUGUAUAUAGACUUUUUCUAUUGUAUUAUUGACUGUAUGUUGGUUUAUUCCAUGUGUAACUCUGUGUUGUUGUUUGUGUCACUCUGCUUUGCUUUAUAUUGGCCAGGUCGCAGUUGUAAAUGAGAACUUCUUCUCAACUAGCCUACGUGGUUAAAUAAAGAUUAAAUAAAAAAAUAAAGAAUUGGUUGGUCAUCAUGAUGAUGUGCCUGGAGACACUCUUCUUAAAAGCCCAAUAUCUUGACAACUUGACUGCUGACAUGCAAAACAUUCUGGGACUGUGUCAACAGUGGACUAAUGAAACCAAUACCAAAACAUAGUGGUUCCACAGACUUUUUUUAGUUCACAAAUCACAUUUUUGACUGCACUGGGACUUUAACAUUAUUAGUUGGUCAAAUUAGCUUGAUCAAAUUGUCUCAUAUGUUCAUUCAACUAGACAUUUUUAUUUGGACAUCUUACCCUCCCCCCCAAAAAAGACUGUGGAAGUAUACACACACACAUAGUGCUUUUAACAUACAAUGUUUUCAACUUACUUAUAUACAGUGGGGCCAAAAAGUAUUUAGUCAGCCACCAAUUGUGCAAGUUUUCCCACUUAAAAAGAUGAGAGAGGCCUGUAAUUUUCAUCAUAGGUACACUUCAACUAUGACAGAGAAAAUGAGAAAAGAAAUCCAGAAAAUCACAUUGUAGGAUUUUUAAUUAAUUCAUUUUCAAAUUAUGGUGGAAAAUAAGUAUUUGGUCACCUACAAACAAGCAAGAUUUCUGGCUCUCACAGACCUAUAACUUCUUCUUUAAGAGGCUCCUCUGUCCUCCACUCGCUACCUGUAUUAAUGGCACCUGUUUGAACUUGUUAUCAGUAUAAAAGACACCUGUCCACAACCUCAAACAGUCACAUUCCAAACUCCACUAUGGCCAAGACCAAAGAGCUGUCAAAGGACACCAGAAACAAAAUUGUAGACCUGCACCAGGCUGGGAAGACUGAAUCUGCAAUAGGUAAGCAGCUUGGUUUGAAGAAAUCAACUGUGGGAGCAAUUAUUAGGAAAUGGAAGACAUACAAGACCACUGAUAAUAUCCCUCGAUCUGGGGCUCCACGCAAGAUCUCACCCCGUGGGGUCAAAAUGAUCACAAGAACGGUGAGCAAAGAUCCCAGAACCACACGGGGGGACCUAGUGAAUGACCUGCAGAGAGCUGGGACCAAAGUAACAAAGCCUACCAUCAGUAACACACUACGCCGCAACAAUACAUCAUCAAAAGCAGCCACAACUGUCAGUAAGAGUUUCAAUGAUUGAGUCUUUGAAUGAAGAGUGAGAUAAAACUGUCCAGUUUGAGUGUUUGUUGCAGCUCGUUCCAGUCGCUAGCUGCAGUGAACUGAAAAGAGGAGCGACCCAGGGAUGUGUGUGCUUUGGGGACCUUUAACAGAAUGUGAAUGGCAGAACGGGUGUUGUAUGUGGAGGAUGAGGGUUGAAAUAGAUAUCUCAGGUAGGGGGGAGUGAGGCCUAAGAGGGUUUUAUAAAUAAGCAUCAACCAGUGGGUCUUGCGAUGGGUAUACAGAGAUGACCAGUUUACAGAGGAGUAUAGAGUGCAGUGAUGUGUCCUAUAAGGAGCAUUGGUGGCAAAUCUGAUGGCAGAAUGGUAAAGAACAUCUAGCCACUCGAGAGCACCCUUACCUGCCGAUCUAUAAAUUAUGUCUCCGUAGCAUGGUUAGGAUGGUCAUCUGAAUCAGCGUUAGUUUGGCAGCUGGGGUGAAAGAGGAGCGAUUACGAUAGAGGAAACCAUGUCUAGAUGUAACUUUAGCCUGCAGCUUCGAUAUGUGCUGAGAGAAGGACAGUGUACCGUCUAGCCGUACUCCAGUACUUGUAUGAGGUGACAACCUCAAGCUCUAAACCCUCAGAGGAGGUAAUAACACCUGUGGGAGGAGGGGCAUUCUUCUUACCAAACCACAUGACCUUUGUUUUGGAGAUGUUCAAAACAAGGUUAGGGGUAGAGACAGCUUGUUGGACAUUGAGACUCUAGGGGCAGUAUUUCAUUUUUGGAUAAAAAAAUGUUCCCGUUUUAAACAAGAUAUUUUGUCACGAAAAGAUGCUUGACUAUGCAUAUAAUUGACAGCUUUGGAAAGAAAACACUUUGACAUUUCCAAAACUGCAAAGAUAUUAUCUGUGAGUGCCACAGAACUGAUGCUACAGGUGAAACCAAGAUGAAACUUCAAACAGGAAGUGAGCAAACUUUUUGAGGCGCUGUUUUCCAUUGUCUCCUUAUAUGGCUGUGAAUGCGCCCUGAACGAGCCUACACUUUCUGCCGUUUCCCCAAGGUGUCUGCAGCAUUGUGACGUAUUUGUAGGCAUAUCAUUGGAAGAUUGGCCAUAAGAGACUACAUUUACCAGGUGUCCGCCCGGUGUCCUUUGUCGAAAUUGGUGCGUAAUCUUCAGCUGCAAGCAUUCUUCCAUGUGAUUCAGAGGAGAAAGCAGACUUCCACGAACGAUAUAUCAUCGAAGAGAUAUGUGAAAAACACCUUGAGGAUUGAUUCUAAACAACGUUUGCCAUGUUUCAGUCGAUAUUAUGGAGUUCAUUUGGAAAAAAGUUUGGCGUUUUGAUGACGUGAUGAACAAAACGGAGAGAUUUCUCCUACACGAAGAAUCUUUUUGGAAAAACUGAACAUUUGCUAUCUAACUGAGUGUCUCCUCAUUGAAAACAUCCAAAGUUCUUCAAAGGUAAAUGAUUUUAUUUGAAUGAUUUUCUUGUUUUUGUGAAAAUGUUGCCCGCUGAAUGCUAUGCUAAAUGCUACGCUAGCUAUCAAUACUGUUACACAAAUGCUUGUUUUGCGAUGGUUGAAAAGCAUAUUUUGAAAAUCUGAGAUGACAGUGUUGUUAACAAAAGGCUAAGCUUGAGAGCUAGCAUAUUUAUUUAAUUUCAUUUGCGAUUUUCAUGAAUAGUUAACGUUGUGUUAAAAUAUAUAAUAAUAAUAUGUUAUGGUAAUGAGCUUGAGGCUGUAUUCACGAUCCUGGAUGGCUAGUAUCAAGAUUAAGAAAGCUUUGUUGUAGAUCAUUUAACACAAAAUCCGGGGAGGGGCCAGCUGAUAUAAGACUGUAUCAUCUGCAUUUAAAUGGAUGAGAGAGCUUCCUACUGCCUUAGCUAUGUUGUUGAUCCAAAUUGAGAAGAGUGUGGGAUCUAGGAUGGAGCCUUGGGGGUACUCCCUUGGUGACAGGCAGUGGCUGAGACAGCAGAUUUUCAGACUUUAUACACUACACUCUUUGAGAGAGGUAGUUAGCAAACCAGACCAAAGACCCCUCAGAGACACCAAUACUCCUUAACCGUCGCACAAGAAUGGAACGGUCUACCGUAUCAAAAGCUUUGGCCAAGUCAAUAGAAAUAGCAGCACAAUAUUGUUUAGAAUCAAGGGCAAUGGUGACAUCAUUGAGGACCUUUAAGGUUGCAGUGACACAGUCAUAACCCGAGUGGAAACCAGGUUGCAUACCCAAGACAAUACUAUAGACGUCAAGAAAGCCAGUCAGUUGAUUAUUGACAAGUUUUUCCAACACUUUUGAUAAGCAGGGCAAAAUAGAAAUAGGCCUAUAACAUUUAGGAUCAGCUUGAUCUCCCCCUCUAAAUAAAGAACCAACUGUGGCUGCCUUCCAAGCAAUGGGAACCUCCACAGAAAGGAGAGACAGGUUAAAAAGGUUGGAGAGGCUUGGCGAUGAUAGGAGCAGCAACCUUAAAGAACAAAGGGUAAUGAUGCAGGGGGAAAAGGGGGAGGAGCAUUAGAAGGGGUGGGAGAUGAGGAAACUUUGGACGGGCAAGGUGGUAUGGCUGAGUCAAAUAGGAAUCCUGACUUAGUGAAGUGGUGAUUAAAGAGCUCAGCUAUGUGCUUCUUGUCAGUAACAACCACAUCAACAUUUAGGGACAUGGGCAGCUGUGAGGAGGAGGGUUUAUUCUCCAGGUCUUUAACCAUUUUCCAGAACUUCUUGGGGUUAGACCCACAGAGAGAGAACUGCUCCUUAAAGUAACUAACUUUGGCCUUCCGGAGAGCCUGAGUGCACUUAUUUCUCAUUUACCUGAACGAUAGCCAGUCAGCUUGAGUAUGCGUGUGUCGAGCCUUUCGCCAAACGCAAUUCUUGAGGUGGAGUAACUCUGCAAGAUCACGGUUGAACCAGGGGAUGAACCUGUUUUUAAUUCUCAUUUUGUUUAUGGGGGCGUGUUUGUUAACAAUACCACUGAAAAUAUCAAAAAAGAAGGUCCAAGCGUCUUUGAAGAACCCUUUUAGGUUCAAGAUAGUACACCCUCAGGAAAAAAGGUGCUACUGAGCCAUUUACUUUAUGUUUGUACUGUAUUAUCUUUUAUGUCUUAUCGGUUGCAUUGUCGAGAAGGAACCUGCAAGUAAGCAUUGAGUUGGAUGGUGUAAUCAGAUUAAACAUCAUUUUAAAAACAAAAUUACUUUUACAAUUUUUUUUCAGAAAGGUUGUUUGUGAAAAAGAUACAUUGACACCAUUCUGUUCUCACUGACAUUCAAAUCAGCCUUGAAAAAAGGCUCAAGUUUGUUCCACCUGAGGGUCUGACUAAAAGUCAGAGACCACUACGGCACACCAAAUUAGUUUGAUGGAUCCUUUUGUCUUUUAAUAUGUCUUAAAGGGAAAGUAAUCCAAAAGUAACUGAAAGUAAUCAGAUUACGUUACUGAGUUGUGGUAUUCCAAAAGUUACGUUACUGAUUACAAUUUCACUGGUAACUAGUAAAUAACACUUAGAACGUAACCUACCCAAACCUGGAGCCAUGUAUUGUGGUCUACAACCCUGGUCCAGAGGAGUUACAGGGUAGGCUUUAGUUUCAACCCCUAAUCACUCUCCAUCAACCUCAAAAAGCAAGCUACGUAUUUCAAACCAAAGAAAGGCACCUAUCACAAUUCUAAAACUGUUCUUACUAUAGAGACAAUCUGUAGCCUCUUUUUCCUCUGAGGUGGACAAAUUACAUGCACAAUCACGGGGUUGGGUUGGGGUGAGAUCAUCCAAGGAUCAUUCCGCUUUUCUAAAUAGAGGAACAAAGAUAGUUCUAAAGGGGGUGGGAGUACAUUGUACAGAGAGGUCCCGGGCACACAGAGAAAAACGGAUAGAGACAAUGGUUUUUCUAUGGGGUCAUACGUUGACGGACAACAGAGAGUUAACAUUUUGAUGGAUUAAACAGAUUCGUAGAGCAUUCCUUGAGCAUUUAAUCCAUUUCUGUGUGGCUGGGGCCUGAUGGGAUGCUUUGCACAACCUUGACCCCAGAACCCACAUACCACUUAGAGGAAGUUUCAACAUCUAUGUAAAAAGGUCAGAAUUCAUAGAGCAUUCAGAAUACUCAUACAAAAUACUCAGAAUACACUCUCGAUGUGGAAGUUCAACCAGCAAGGCUCCAGAUGACUUCCUGUGUGAUGUACACAAAAAAAAGAGUUGGCUCAUCCACCCCUACUGUCUGACAUCUCUCUGGGAGCACAAUGAAGGAACACUGGUUGCCUCUUUCCCCUACCUUUCAGAGACUGCUGUUCAUCCUGGUGUUGCUGUGUCUCUCCCUCUCCUGCUCUGGGAGAACCUGGGCUCAGAGGAAACUACCCUGCGAUGUCAUCUCUCUCAACCAAUCAGAGUCCUUUGACUGCUCGGACAGGAAGCUACUCCAGGUACCCCAGGAUAUCAGCCGGAAUGCCACACGGCUCGACCUUUCCUCCAACAGGAUCAAGAAACUCUCCGGCACCUCGUUCAGGAACCUCCGAAACCUGACUCGGCUAGACCUUAGCAAUAACUUCCACCCCCAGAAACAUCCUCUGACAAUAGAGAACCAAACAUUCUCCAUGCUGGAUCAGCUCAAGGAACUGCUCCUCGAUAGUAAUGGUCUUUCUGCAGUGCCAAGUGCCCUUCCGUCCAAGCUGCGGUUUUUGAGCCUGAAGUUCAACUGCAUCAAAACCAUCAGGCCAAACGACUUCAUGCAUGUCAGACUCUUAGAAACAAUCCACUUAAUUGGAAAUUGCGACUACGAGAGUGUCUGUAAUGGACUAGUCAUCGAAAACAGAACUUUCUCCCACCUCACCAACCUUGCUAGUUUAUCGCUGUCAAACAACAGAUUGAUAGGUGUCCCCCAGUUCCUCCCCCCAUCCCUCCAGCAGCUCAAACUCAAACAGAACACUAUCACCCACAUUCACCAGCAUGAUCUUAGUGGCCUCACUAGCCUGAGGCUUCUGGGCCUGUCAGGUAACUGCCCUGUGUGUUCUAACACCCCGUUUUUCUGCUCGCCCUGUAAUACACCCAAUGGGGCACUACAGAUACACCCAUAUGCCUUCAGGAAGCUAUCCAAGCUGCAGGAGCUGAGACUAUCCGGAAACUCUCUAGAUCACCUACAGUCCUCCUGGUUUGAGAACCUCACCAACUUGCGCUACCUGUACCUUUCAUUCAACCGUCUAGCUGGUGAGAUAGCCAAUGGGGACUUCCUCUCUGUGUUACCCGGCAUAGAGGUGAUGGACUUGUCUUACAAUCACCCUGGACAAUCUUCAUAUUCCCACAACUUGAAGCUCUCUAGGAACUUUUCCAACCUGACAUCUCUGAAGACAUUACACCUAGAAAACUAUGUUUUUUCAACUCUUCACAAAAAUGACUUGAACCCACUUUACAAUUUAUCUCACCUGUCUGUGCUCAAUCUGGGAACUAACUUUAUCCAUCAGACAAACCUCUCAUUGUUUGGCAUGUUCCACAACUUGUCCAGUGUUGGCCUCUCUGAGAACAAAUUUGCUUUCCUGUCUAAGAAAGAAGAUGUUUUGUCAACAUGUGGGUGUAGCUGUGGCUAUGAGCUGAAUAGAGACAGGUUUGGGCCUUACGUACACAAGGAUCGACUCUAUCGUCAACAUCUGCCUACCAUUAAGCCAAAGUGUAUUGCGUACGGUCCAGUGCUUGACCUUAGCAGAAACAACAUCUUCCACAUAAACCCUGAUAUGCUGCAAGGCCUGGACAAGACAGUUUGUCUCAACCUGUCAUCUAACUCCAUUGGAGACAUGUUCAACGGCAGUGAGUUUGUACAUUUCCCCAAACUUAAGUACUUGGAUCUAUCCCGGAAUAAGAUCUACCUGCACUAUGAGCAUGCAUUCAGUGAGCUAACAGAACUGGAGGUGUUGGACCUGAGUCAUAAUAAUCAUUACUUUGUGGUGGCAGGGCUAAACCACAGCUUAGCAUUCGUGGAAAACCUUAGCUCUCUGAAGGUUUUGAACCUGAGCUGGAACGAGAUCAGCACCCUCACUCAUAACAACAUCUCAAGCAGCUCCCUACAGGAGUUGGACUUCCAAGGCAACCGCCUAGACAUCAUGUGGAAAAUAUGCCAGAACUAUGAACUUUUCAGAGCGCUCCAAAACCUGACUUCCCUGGAUCUGUCAUACAACAAGCUCCACCGUGUACCGCCUGAGGUCUACAAACACUUCCCCAAGACCCUGAGACGUCUGUCUCUGAGUAAAAACCGACUAAAGGUCUUUGACUGGGAGAGGCUCACACAACUACCGCAUCUGGAGGAGCUGGACUUGAGUAAGAACAAACUGGGGCAGGUGGCCUGUGCUUUAACCAGUUCACUAAAGUUUCUGGACCUGAGCCAUAACAGGAUUUCCCAGCUAGCGCCUGGUUUCCUCAGGGGCGCCAGGAGCCUGUAUGUGCUGGACCUCAGCUUCAACCUGUUGGAGCUCAUCAACCAGACCACGUUUGAGUCUGGAGCAGAGAACCACCUCCAGCAGCUGUCCCUACAGGGAAACCCGCUCCACUGCACCUGUGACCUGUUGGACUUCCAUCUGUGGAUGAGGAGCAAUGAGGUGGAGCUCCCUCUGCUGGCCACUGAGGUGACAUGCGACAUGCCCGUGGAGAGGUGGGGCAAGUCUGUGUUGAGCUAUGACAUAGAGGAGUGUGUGAACGAUGAAAACGCAAUGACCUUCUGCAUCAUCACGUCAUUUCUCAUCAUUCUCACUCUGUUGGUAUCUCUCACAGCACACCUGUUCUACUGGGAUCUCUCCUAUAUUCUGGACUACUGUGGGGCCAAGAUGAAGCAUCACCGUCGCUUAGUGCCCACAGACUUUAUCUACGACGCCUUUGUCAUGUAUGACACCGCAGACCCGCUGGCUUCUGAUUGGGUAUUAAACCAUCUAAGGGUCGAGCUAGAGGAGUGUGGAGAGAGGACACGAUCCCUCUGCCUGGAGGAGCGUGAUUGGACACUGGGUAUGCCUGUCAUGGAUAACCUGUCCAAUAGCGUGCGGCAGAGCAGGAAGACAGUGUUUGUGCUGACGGACGGCUUCCUGUUGCGUGAUGUAGUCAAAAUGGCUGCCCUGCUGGUGCAGCAGCGGCUGGUGGAGGAGGGGGUGGACUCCAUGGUGCUGCUGCUACUGCAGCCCCAGGUCUUGCAACACUCACGCAUCCUCCACCUGCGCAGGCGGCUCUGCAGGCGCAGUGUUCUGGAGUGGCCCGCGGAUGCCAGUCCAGCUGCCCAGCGAUGGUUCUGGCACCACCUGAAGAGAACCAUUAGGAAAGAUCAGAUAGGCACUCACACAUCCCUACACAGCACAUACUUCACUGGGCGGUGAACCUACAGACAUUAGAGAAACUUAUGACUCGUACAAAGUAAAAGUUAAGGAUAUGUGUGACCUAAGACUACUGUAUAAUUUUGAAUAUUAAAUGUGGAGAGAGCAUAAAGACUGUGAUGAAGGCAACAUCGGCAAUUUGCUGGCAUCAAAGCACAGUGUGCGGUUCACCUGCACCCUCCCUAGGAGCGAGACUUCCCUGUGGCGCACCAAAGUUCCUAGUGCACUUGAGGCGUGAAAUGUAAUAAAACUGAGUUGACGUUCUCAAUGUAUUUUUAUGUCUGAUUUCUUUCUAAAGUUAAUAUAAAGAGCUGAACAUGUUGAUAUGACUCUCUGUAGGCCUAUUGCAUGUUUUAUGGUUUUUCCUUUUCAGAGACGUUGUCCUAAUUUGAUCGCCGGUCUGAUGGCUGGUUGUUCCCAUAAUAUUGCAAGGUGAUUUGGUUAGAAGAGAGUUGCGAUGUUUUCCUUCUUUUGUUUCGGCCACCAGAGUGAUGCUAAUUUAAUGUUGAGGAUAUUGUAAUUUGAGUUUCGUCCGGGAUGGUUUAAAGGAGAAUGUUUUGCCAUGUUCAAAUGUAAUUAUUGUAUUUUCCAAGCUCCUAGCUAUACCUGCGUAUGGCUAUACAUGCUGUAUUGUUGUUAUCUUAGACUUUUUGACCUUUUACCUAGAUGACUUAUACGGUUUCUUCUUUUAGAUAAUUGCAUCUUAUUGGAUUUAUUGUAAUACAUGUUUUUUUCAUUUUAAAUUGAUACAUGACUGCAGUCCUCAUAUUUCAGAGCGAUACUUAUUAACUGUUGAUGUGGCUUAUUGGUAAAAAUGAAUUACAGACAUUGUAUUCUUUUAGAUACACACACUGAUACCUCUGCUUUAAACUGACUUAACUAUUUAUUACUAGACUAUGAUUGCAAGGAUCAGCUCAUGGUUCUAGCCUCUUAAACAUGUCAUUAUGAAGCCAGAUUAAUUAGGUUAGAAUUGCUCAUACCCUAAUUCUGUCAUCCUCAGCAAGUUGGAGUGGAUUUUCAUCCGAUACAAGCAUGCAACAGUGUGAUUGAAUAUUUGUAAUAUUAUGAUGAGGGCCAAUGAAUAUGAUGGGACACAUACAAUCAUGCAUGAAACAUGAUAAUAAUUAUGACCAUAUAUUCAUAUAAGCCAGAAAGGCCUAUCAUGUACAUGCACUUAUAAAUAGAGGGUGAAUUGUCCUGUUCCUGAAAUCUGCUUCUGCAUUCAUCCCAGUCAUCAACAGACAGAGCAUUGGGGAAGGUGCAUGUCUGACAUCAGUGUGUGCACAAUUACAAUGAUAAUUUAAUAUGGUACAUUUAAAAAAUAUAUGAAUAACAUAGGUGUACUGUUGACACGUAGGCUAUGGUGUAAUGGAAUGUUUUGCCUUGUGUGAUAGGUUUUGUGGGUUAUAACAGGUUAUGACACGUUUUGUCAGCUGUUAUGACAUAUUAUAUCAUGGUUAGGACCAUUGGGUGUCAAGUGUUACCCAAUUAUUCGUAAUUUCUCUUAGUCAAGCUGUGAAUUUCAAACACAGAUUCAACCACAAAGACCAGGGAGGUUUUCCAAUGCAUCGCAAAGAAGGGCACCUUAAAAACUUACCCAGAAAGACUCACAGCUGUAAUCACUGCCAAACAUGAUUCUAACAUAUAUUGAGUCAGGAGUGUGAAUACUUAUGUAAAUGAGAUAUUUCCUUAUUUCAUUUUCAUUGAAUUUGUAAAAAUGUCAGAAAACAUGUCUUCACCUUGUCAUUAUGGGGUAUUGUGUACCCAAAAGGGUUCUACCUGAAAUGAAAAAAGGGUUUUACCUGGAACGAAAAAGGGUUCUCCUAUGGGGACAGCCGGAGAACCAUUUUGGAACCCUUUUUUUGUUAGAGUGUAGAUAUUCAAUGCUUCUUCUGAAAAAAGUCUUUAAAAAGGAAUAGUUUCACCAUAUUAAAAUGAGGGCUCAGUUCACGUAACAGGAUUGACCUAAAGGGUUGAUGUAAAUGAAUAUCUAAUGAAAUAAAUAAUCAUUUUCAGAAAUGACUUUGCCAAAGCAACAAAAUAAGUAGGGCUGUACAAUGAUGGUGAAACUUAGAGAAAUGUAUAUUAUGUUAUAUAAAAUGUAUUUAUAUUAUACAGAAAACCAUGCAUCCCUUACAAUAGGCUAUGUGUGUGUGUAUGUGUGUGUGGGAAUACAUGUGGGUGUGUGGUGUCGUGUCUCUGGCUUGUCAUUAAAUGUGAAGACUGUUAUUUUAUCAAAUCAAUUCUCUGUAAUUAUUAUUACGUGAUUAAACUAAUCAUGUAAAUUUAAAUAACUAGGAAGUCAGGGCACCACGGAAAAUGUUCAGAUUACAAAGUUAUAAUUUUCUGAAUAAAACUCAUCAGAUAUUUUAAUAUCUGUUCAAUUAGUCUUCUAUUAAUGAAUUCUUUACCUCACGUCAGUCUCAUUCCAAAUGUCGUAAAAUUCUUGGCUAUCUGCACGAACCCAGCCUUUACUAUAAAUUAUCCAUACACCAAUUGGCUCAAUUAUUUACUUACUAACUAAUUAACAAUUACAGAAUAUACAAUACAUAAUCACAUUAUACAGUAAAACAACAUCCCUAGUGGACUAAACAAGACAAUGUGGUCAUAACAAGGUCAAUUCAGAGAGAAGAGAAGGGGGGUUUGGAAGGAAGGCUAAGGAGCAUUGGUCUCUAUCGGACCUGGGAAGCUAUACAUAUGCCACUAACGAUCAUUCAUUCGGAAAAGUAAUGCAUUGUAUUUACGUGACACUGGCUCCGAUAGUUGAGUUGGUGAUGUGAGACUCUGGUUUGCCCAGUCUAUGUCGCCAUGUUCUUUGUGGAAUUAUCCGGGUUGUCGUGUGAGAGGUUCACGUGGUCUAAGAGGUUCAUCUCACUCCGGAGAUUUGUCCUCGUCAGUCAGUGUUCUCAUACUAGAUUUGUGCAUAUGUUCAGCUGCAGUCUGUUAUAUGCUAGUUUAGUAUGCACUUAUUUAGGUCAUCAAUAGUUCAGAGUUCAUACCUGUAGCAAGCUCUCACGUUUCCUGGCCUGCGUAGUUGAAAUGAGCCCUUUUCAACAGUGACUUUUGGUCACGGGGGCUUUUAUAGAAAUGUAGAAAAGGGGUUGGUUCAUCAUUUCCAACCAAUGUCUAUUCACUUGGGCGUGGCUACUGACUUAGUUCAACUUUACAGGGAAGACAAUUUUCUCAUUUUAAAGGUAUGUUUUCAAUUUCACCCAGGCUAGCGUUUUGCUCUGACCCUUAUUAAGUGAUCCUAGCAUAAAUCCUAAUUGGAUGUUCCGUUGUACUGUACAUGUGUGUUUAUGCUUACACAAGCGCACAUGUCAAGGGAAGAAAACCAAGUAUUCUGGUAGACUAUAACUUGUUCAGAAUGAGUCUGACAUAGUCAGGCAGUUUUCAGUUCAAUGCCUGGGGGUCAGUCAGAAUUGGUAUCAAUGGAGUCUGUAGUGGUUUUACUACAAGUCACU